CCUUCUUCCACUUGGCACCAAAAUCGCCGGGCGACGGACCGGCACCUUCCCAGUCUCUGGCACGAUUCCAUCACCCGACUUCACGACGACUCGAGUCGUCUCCUUCCACUCCAGUGCUCGAAGCGUAGAGGUAACCACUGCCCCGACAUCGAUCCAGUUUCGUCGCGCGUCCCUUCGCCAUCUCAAGUGUCCAGAAGGCACCGGGUCCAGAGCUGCACCCCACACACCGCACCGCAUCCACCGUUGUCGGCUGUCGCAUUGCAGCCAGACAGCAAAGGACGGAUCCGACGAGAUCGCACGCCUCGAGUAACCAGCCGACCCUGCUCGUUUCGUUGUUGUUCAUAGUCUGUUCAUCGACUACUACACAUCAAUUCAUCACACCUCUUACUAUCUACCCACCCGGAACCGUCCCUUUGUCUAUAUCGUCAUCCUCGGACAGUUCGCAACCAUGGCGGAGGACUCGUUCAUCGGUCUUCCCAUGUUGGUGACGAUGCGUAAUCCGCCGGCGAGACUGAAGGGCACUGUCAGCGAAGUGCAGGCUGGACACGGCUUGACCCUGACCAAUGUUUGGAAUGUCGACAACAACCGGUGGGAGCCGAGAGUCUCCAUUCUCUCCUCGAACAUUGUCGACAUUGUCUACUUGCGCGAAGAUCCUUCUCCCCAAACCGCCGUGCCCCCUCCGGUGCCCCCUCCUCACGUCAUCCCACCUCCUCACGCCGUCCCCCAUGCCAUUCCGCAGGUCGCUCCGCCUGUUGCUCAACCGCCGCCGCCGACUAAGCCAGCAGCCUUUGUGGAUCCCGCCAUUCUAUCUGUUGGGAAGCGCCCUGGCUCUCUGUCAGGUCAUGCGUCGGAUACCUCCCGUCACCAACCUAACACGAGUGAGAAGAGAGACCCGACUCCGGCUGUUGUUCCGUCGAAUAAUGCUGUACCCAUCCCAUCCGGGACUGCCACCCCGACUCUCCCUGUAGUAGAUAGGCUGAGACGCCUGGAACUGGACGCUCAAACCAGCACCCAAGAGUCUGCGGACGAAGACCUUGCACCCGAUGCCAGCUCGCAACAAGCAGCCGCAGCCGCUCAGAAGAAAAAGAACAGACGGCCACGCAGGACUGGAAACAACUCGAGAAGUGGGCUACAGGAAGACUCAGAGGCGUCUCCGCAGGUCUCUCGCGCAACUACAAAGGGCAAAGGCUGGAGACAGACGCCUAUUUUGCAGAGUACCUCCUCCUUCCAGCCCUUCAAUUCUCUGAAGAAGAUGCGAGGAGCAAACGACAACGGUUGGGCUUCGGAAGAUGUCACUGAUGUGCAAGAAGCCGGCGAUUUUGACUUUGAAUCUGGUCUCGCCAAGUUCAAUAAGCAAGAUUUGUUUGAACAAAUGCGCAAAGACGAUCUAAUUGACGAGGCCGACCGCCUGGUAUCGCACAAUCGUGUACCCAAGCACAAACCUGGCACCGCCGGUGGCAAGAACCUGCACCAUUCGGAGAACGUUCUCGACAUGCCAUCUACCAUACUGAAGCCGAAGCUGAUCGUCAAGGAGACAUCCAAUGACUUCUGGAACAGUGAAGCUGAUGAUGGGGUGAUCAACGGAGCCGAUCGACUGAGUGGGAGAGAUCAAGCAAGCAGGCAAGGGUCACGCCGAGGGGACAGCAAGGUGGCAUCUAACCGGAGGUCGAAUUCCCGUAAGGCGAGCGGCGUCCCGGCGGCGCACCCUUUGAGCAGAGUGAAUUCAUCUGGUGUAAGCCACUACCGCACCCUAUCAGCUAAGGGCAGUCGGCCGAGUAGUCGGCUCUCAGCGAGGGCAGCUGUCGUUGACAAGAAGAAGCAACCGGCGACAACGGUUGCAGCAAGUCCGCAGGGCCUUUACGUGCUUCCGUCGAAUCGCAAGAUCGAGCCCGUCUCGGCUCUGCAAAUGCUCAACCUAGAGAACAUUGCACACAACGAGAUUGGCCUUACAGAGGAGAUGAUGACCGAGAAUGCCGGACGUGGCAUUGCAGAGGUGACGCUUACAGCGCUCUCAGACCCGGCUAUCAAGGUGCGCCACUCGAGCAUCGUCGAUCCCACGUCCGGUAACCCGCCGCCACCGACAGUUGUUGUACUUGCCGGCAACAACAAAUCUGGUAUCCGGGCUGUUGCUGCCGCCCGGCAUCUUCGCAACAAGAACAUCAGCGUGAUCGUGUGCGUGGUUGGCCUUGAGCGUGGUGAGCGUGAUCUCCUCGAAGACAUGCGCCAGCAAGUUCGCCUCUACAAGAACAUGGGCGGACGCAUCUUCUCCAAGAGCGACUUUUUUGAGCACCUUCGCAAGAUCAGUAUUCCUAUGCUGACAAUCGACACACCUCGCUCGUCACUCAGUAGCCUUGCUAACCCGGCUCCUAUUAUGCUCAUUAUCGACGCGUUGCUGGGCCUGGCCAUUUCUUUUGAUGAACUGAGAAACGGUGACCAGGCGACGGUUUACGAGCUUAUCGAGUGGGCUAACCGUAAUGAGGCAUUUGCCCUUGCAGUUGAUAUUCCCACAGGUAUCGACCCAUCGACAGGCAAGGUUAGCGUUGUUGAUGGUAACAAGUUGUAUGUCAAGCCGCGCUACGUUGUUGCCGUUGGUGCGCCCAAGCGUGGACUGCUCGAGGCUCUGAUGGUGGCGGAGAACGAUGAUGGGGAUACGGUGCUGGCUGGCGGGGAUACCUCGUUGCCAGAUGAUGCCGUGCUGGAGUGGAAACUCUACCUGGUGGAUCUGGGUCUUGGCCCUGCUAUGUGGAAGAAGGCAGGGACGAAGAUGCGUAGGGGCAUCGACUUUGAGGACCGUUGGGUGGUGGAGAUGAAAUAUCGCGGACUAGCGGAGGAGGAGGAAGAAGAGUUGGUUUAGGCAUCUUGCUGUUCCCCCACAGGAAGAGGCAUGUCGGAUGCUUACGCCGAGUCACUGAGGUGGUAUCCAUGCGAAGAUAAGCGUUUUGAAGGUCGGUGUUUUUUUUCGGUUUACACAACGUCGAAGCCAAGACUGGAAGGAAAGAAUGGGAAGGAAAACACUCGAGAUGGGGAAGAGAAACGAAAGUUACGCAUGCAUUAACAUCUUUCGGUUGGGUUCUUGGAAGCGAAACAUGGGCGGUUUGUGCAUUUACUCGGAAGCGGAUCCAUUUUUUUUUCUUUUUCCGGGCGUUGGUGUGUUGUCUGACGGUUUACUUCGGAAAAUAUAUCUAUUGAACAGGGAGUUUCCUCAACAUUCGGAUCACACAAAAAUUACGAGAAGUUGCAUGAUCAUGGUCC